CAGCGUUACCCCAAUUCCGGGAUUUAAAGUGACGCCUGGGAUACCCCGGAAGGAUGGCGACUUUAGACCACCGGGCCCUCCUCCUGCUGUUGGUGGUCGCUCUGGCUGUUACCCAUACUGGCGCCGGCUCCCACUCUCUGCGCUAUUUCCACACCGCCCUGUCACGACCGGGGCCUGGGGAGCCCCAGUACAUCUCUGUUGGCUACGUGGACGACAAGCAGUUCCAGCGGUGCGAUAGCAAUGAGGAGACCCCGAGAAUGGAGCCACGUGCGCCGUGGAUGGAGCGGGAAGGACCGGAGUAUUGGGAAGAGCUGAAACACAAAGUGAAGAACAUUGCACUAGAGGCCAGAGCGACCCUUCGGGCCCUGCUCCGCUACUACAACCAGAGUGAAGAUGGUUCUCACAUCCUGCAGUGGAUGGUUGGCUGCGAUGUGGGGUCAGACAUGCACCUUCUUGGCGCAUACUAUCAGUUCGCCUACGAUGGCCGGGAUUACAUCACCCUGAACGAGGACCUGCGCUCCUGGACUGCCGGGGACAUGGUGGCUCAGAUCUCAAGGCGCAAGUUGGAGUCCGAUGGUGCUGCAGAGUACUUCAGGGCCUAUGUGGAGGGAGAGUGCCUGGAGCUGCUCCACAGAUUCCUGCAGAAUGGGAAGGAGACUCUGCAGCGAGCUGACCCACCAAAGGCACAUGUGGCCUAUCACCCUGGAUCUGAAGGUGACAUCACCCUGAGAUGCUGGGCCUUGGGCUUCUACCCUGCUGAGAUCUCCCUGACCUGGCAGCGGGAUGGGGAAGACUGGACUCAGGAUAUGGAGCUUGUGGAGACCAGGCCUUCAGGAGAUGGGACCUUCCAGAAGUGGGCAGCUGUGGUGGUGCCUUCUGGAGAGGAGCAGAGAUACACAUGCCAUGUGCAGCAUGAGGGCCUAACUGAGCCCCUCACCCUGAGAUGGGAGAGAUCCUCUCAAUCCUCUAUCCUCAUCAUCAUCAUCAUUGCUGGUCUGGUUCUCCUCGGAACGGUGAUCACUACUGCUGUGGUGUGCAAGAGGAAGGGCUCAGGUGAAAGAAGCAUCAGUUAUACUCAGACUGCCAGCAGGAACAGUGCUGAAGGCUCUGAUGCUUCUGCCACCAUUUAGAAAGUAUGAAACUGCUGCCUUGUGUGGUUCUGAGUCUUAUAGGAUGUGUUCAGAUCUCUCCUUCUCCACUAUGACUCCAGGAGUCUCCCAAUUUCUCUUUCUGCAGUUGACAUCUCACUGUCUCCUGUCAGCACAAUGUGAUGAAGUGAGCAGCUGACACCAACUCUGAGGCCUGAGUCUCUUCCCCAUGCCUGUGUCUUAUCCCCAGUUUCUCCUGCUUUACCACAGGCAGAGCUGGGACUUCCCCAUUCCUCAUGGAACUUCAGGUUUUUCUAAGCUGUGGCUUCCUAUUUCCCUACUGAAAGUAAGGAUGUAGAUAUAGUUUUAUUGUUUUUAACUUCUAGGUGUGGUUUGUUGGGUCAUUAAGAGAGGAAGAUUUGCAAAAUUGACAGAAAAUAAACCUGAAAGCUUCCAAAAUCCAUGUGUUUAAUAUAUUGAAUCUGUUAUAGGUGGGCAGGAGAAGUCUGGAGAGCAGAGUGUGGCUGGAUUUUGUCAGUGCUGCAUAUGUGGGCGUGGAUGCAGUCAUCUCCUCUGCCCUUGACCCUCAGCAGAAUGAAAUAGAUUUGGCAGGCGAUACCAUGUAACAUAUUUAAUGUCUAGAGCAUUGAUGAAGCCACCUAAGGAAUGACUGAGAUGAGAAAGGGAACAAGGAUUGAGCCCUGAGGCUCUUGUACUAGCAGUCUCAUUAGAUCUUGGUUGUUGUCUGUACAGAGCUUUUAUAUUGACAGUUAUCUAAAAUACAGUGAUGAGUUAUAACUUUCAUGAAUUUUUUACCCUAGUAAUUUUAAUGCUUCAGGAUUUCACUAUGCCCCAUUUCCUCCAUCGGAAUGGUAGAGUAAAUUCUGUGCCAUUGUAUAUAAGAAGUAUGUGAUUUGCUUUUUGCUUUUGAUUUUACAGAGGAUUCCAAAGAAGAAAUCUCCUUGAGUCUCAGAAGAAACUUUGAACUUAGAAAUCUUAAACUGUAUAGAGACUGUGAAAAACUAUGGGGCCUUUCGAAAUUGGACUAAACACAUUUUGCAUAUGAUAUGGCCACAAGCCUAUGGGCUUCAUGGAAUAGAAUGUGGUGGUUUGAAUAAGAAUGGGCCCCAUGGGCUCAAGUAUUUGAAUAUUUGGUCCCCAGGUGGUGGAACUGUUUGAGAAGGAUUAAGAGGUGUGGCCUUGUUCGAAGAGGUGUGUCACUGGGGCUGGGUUUUGAGGGUUAAAAUGUCCACACUAUUCCUAGUUAGCUUUCCCUGCCUCCUGACUGUGUCUCCAGAUGUAAGCUCCAGCUACUGCUCCAGAACCAUCCCAACCUGCCUCCUGCCAUGCUCCACAAAAUGGUAACCAUGGCUCUAACACUUUGCAACUGUGAGCCCCCAAUUAAUUGUUUUCUUUUAUACGUUGACUUUGUCAUGGUAUUUUUGCAUGACAAUAGAAAAGUAAUUAAACAGAUGAAUCCACUCAUUGGUCAUCCAAUGCAGAGUGGUCAGCCCUGAAACUACA